GUAGUUGCGUGUAUAAUCCUAAUUCUCUCCGUACUCGCCAAUACGCUAGUUUUACGUGGAAUAUACCUAACUCGCUGUAAGCCAUUAAGCUACAUUCUCAUCGCUAACAUCGCCGUGGCGGAACUCCUUGGUGCAUUUUUAACACCCUUUGGACUCCACUACCUGACAAAGCCUUGGAGCUGGGUAUUUGGUAAAGUCAUGUGUAUACUGAUUCCUCCCGCAGAUGUUUGUUGUUCUAUCGUGGUAUCGUUUACCCUGGCAGCUUUUUCUGUGUACGGUUGUAUGGUUUUAAGAAAACCUCAAAAGCGCACGCUGAAGAUCACUGUAUACGUAUCAGUUGUCAUGUCGUGGUUGUGGGGCUUGGCACUUACGGUCCCCAUGACAAUUUUCUCAGAGCUUAAGUCGUACCCGUUAUGCAAAGGUGGAGAGGUUGCAUCAUGCGUGCUUCCUGGAGACAGUAAAGACUUGGUCAAGUGGACAUACGUCAAUGUUGCACCGUUUGUCUGCCGCCUUAUGAUCCCAUUUGCGGUGACGAUUAUGGCGUAUGGAACACUGCUCUUUAAGAUUAAAAAACUCAUCGGUAGAACGCGAGAUUGUAGCCAACGACAAGAGAUGUCAGCGCAUGUCAUUUCCAUAAGCAACAUUGAGGAACAAAASGUCCAACAAGACAACACUGACGAACACCAAGAAGAGGCGCCCGCAACGGCGAAUAACGAGCCGCGAUCCAGGAUUAACGAGCUGGAGAAUAAGCUACGAAGAAUCAUCUACUGGAUGGUGAUUAUCUAUCUUAUUUGCUACGCGCCUGAACACUUUACAUUCCUCUCGUGGCGCUUCGACUGGGUCGUUAUCGAUCACAUGAUGGUCUUCCGAAAGCACACUUUUGUCGUAAUGACUGUCCCUAAGCUUUUGCAUCCGAUUUGCUUUGGAUGGGCGGCUGGGAUUAUACAGAGAAACUUCRACUGUUUCCUUUGACUAAAAAAGACUUGAAAAGAAAAAAAAUAUUAAAGCAGCGUUCAUCUGAAAGAAAUUUCGUUUUCCAACGCACUUAUCUAUCCAUUUAAUAUUUUUUUCUUGGAAAUUAACAGACAUUUUAAACGAUAUUUUAAUCAAAUGAGCUGAUUGCAAGUGAUGCACAGAAGACAGCUUUCACGCAGGCACUGUCAAAGCUUUUGUAGAGAUCCGUGUUUA